AUGCACCCCAAAAUCGAUCCAGUUGAUGUAAAAACAUAUGAGAAAAAUUUCGGCUGGGUUGUUGGCAUUUUCAAACACGUUAAACACAGUAAAUUAUUCAUUUGUCAAGGUGCACUCAUUAAUCCAAAAGUUGUUUUAGCUCCAGGUUUAUGCAUUACAAACUACGAUCCGAUAAUCAGUCAGCCCAAAAGAAAUCUUAAUUUACCGAUUUCCCAUGUUGAACAUAAUGUUGUUAAAAUUUUCUACCACUGGAAAUCGACUCAUGAUGAUCGUACUACGGUAUCCAAGCGUAAUCUUAUAAUGAUGGUUCUUAACAUCGCUUUAAUUUAUUAUCCAGCGAUCGGAAUUUUACAACCGUCGAUGGAGAGAAGUGUUAAUUACGAUGAAUGUCUUCUUGUGAGUCUCUUUGAUCAUAUUCGAAAUCCGGUUAUAUUAGAAAAGCGAAAUGCAAAAUACAUGAAAGUAUCAAAGUGUCAAUCAAAAUCAUUUAUUACGCCUAUAAAUGAAGCAAAAUUUCCAGAAACACCUGAGACAAUUCUCUGUGCUGCUUUCAAUCAAACAAUUGCUAAACCAUUACCAAUUGGUAGCACUUUAAUAUGCCGAUACAAUGAAGAUCCGGCUACUUUAUUUUUAGCUGCAAUGCUUUUGAAACACAACCAACAUUGGUCCAAACAUGUUAAAAUAGAAGGCACUGCGUCUUGGAUAAAUAAGACUCUAAAUGGAUAUAAAAAAAAAAAAAAAUUAAAUGAUUUACUGAAUAAUGAUCUGAAAAAUUAA